AUGGCCCCGGCGCUCUCCGUCGCUUUCCGAGAUCACUACGACGCGAUCGAAACCCUUGAAAAACCAUCCCAUCCAAGACGGGCGUUAGCGUCCGUCGAUAACCUCGCAAUACACAUGGAGGAAGAAGACAUGGGCCUCCAGAACCAACCUAGCCUUGCCAAAGAUUCUCAAGAAAUGGAGCAAAUUUUGGUCGAUUUAGGUAGCAGUGAUCUUGCUCAGGCUGAUUUGCUACAGGCCAUCAAGACUUUAGAGUCUGGCGGCGAUGCACUAUCUACCGGUGACCCUGACGCAAUAUUUCCUCUCUCUGGCUUUGAUUUGGCUGAAACUGUUGAUUCAGAAGGAGAUGCAGCUGAUGAUAAAAUAAGAUUACUCCAAGCAAGAUUAGAACGUAGAUGUGCAUUCCUGCAGAGGCGUUUGAGGAUAUUACAAGCUCGAGCUAUUGGCAAAAGAAUAUCAGAAGAAGUGGUGCAGACUUUUGAGAAAUCCAUUCGAGGUGCACGCAAAGAUGGUGGUGGAAGACCCAUGGGUUUAAAAGCUUUAUUGAAGAAAGUAGAGACUACUGCCGCAUUGCAAGCUAGUGCAGCCUCUAAGACAGUUGUUGGCCCAAAGUAUUUUCAUGCCAGUACAUCAAAGGGUGAUGCUUCAAAGUCUGCAUCAAUUGGGAUUGCUUCAGGAACAUUAAAUGGCUUAGAGGACACAGCAGGAGCCUUGCGUUCACAUCUGUCAAUGGUUAAAUAUCAACUAGACUCUGAUGCAACUGCAUCUUCAUCGGGUGCAGAAAGCAAUGAUGAAGCUGUCACCUAUAAUAACCCUCACCAGCAACAUAUGCCAAUAGAGAAACGGGCACUAUGGUCAUGGCAAAAGGCAAGAGCUUCAAUUGCAUCCCGUUGGUGUUGGUUACAAGCACAAGUACAGGAGUUAGAGUACAAGAUACGACAGCACAAUGAUUUGCAUAAGCAGGUCCGUGAUGCCAAAGGUCCAGUAGAGUUAGAAGGUGAGCCAGUUGGCUAUGAAGGCUCACUACCUGGAAAUGAUGACAACAUCCCCGCUACUUGUGCCAGAGUACGUCCUCUGAGAAGGGAUACAUUUAAAAAGAGGAAACUCUUGCAAAUGCAUAAUUUACAUAUUGCAACACCAAAGGCUGCUAAACCCUCCGAUAUUAAAUGUAGCUGUCGUCAGCCGUUGGAGAGUUGUGCAGUAUGCACAGGGCGAGUGGAAGCGACGCAACCGCAAGUCUGGUGUACGUUACCGCCCGCUCAGCGAAUCGCUCUUGUCGAUCCUGGAUACCAUCCAGUGCUCAGUGAUAUCAAAGAUGUGUCAGCAUCGGUGCACAUGGCGGCGCUGACGUCGCGCGCGUGGUUCCGGGCGCGCUGCAGCCGGGCGUGGCGCGGCGCGCACCACGGCGGGCCGCCGCGCGCGCCCGGCCCCCCCGCCCCCGCACACCCGCACGCCUCGCCCGCCUCGCCCGCGCACGCGCCCUCGCACACCAGGCGACACCCCACCAGAUUGAAAAGAGGAAGACCACCUUUAUCAAGAAAAAUUAAGGAAAGAGAGAGAGAUGAAGAAACAUCCUCAGCCGGAAAAGAAAGACCGCGUGGUCGUCCCAGCACAGAAACACGCGGAUACCGACGGCCGUCGUACGACAUCGACAACAUCGUCAUCCCCCAAAGUAUCGCCGCAAACACGCGCCCCGAGAUACUCACCUACAAGGAAAUUAUCACGCCCAAAUGGAGAGUUAUGGAGAUACCUGAAGUACCACUCAAUAAUGGCGUUAUGAAAUCAAACCGGAUAUCCAUUGAAAGCGAGGAGGAGGACGUGUCGGAGGCGGCGGUGCAGUCGCGGCACGCGCGCGCCGAGCUGCGCGAGCGCGCGCGCUACGUGCGCAAGCAGCGCGCGCGCCGCGCACACGCGCACCCGCACGACCCCGCGCCGCCCGCCCCCGCCCCGCACGCACCCGCCCCGCCCGACCCGCCAGCACCGCCAGCACCCCCGCAACAAUACGAGGCGAUGAGACCAUACUCGCCCCGUCAGUUUCCACUGAACGAGACUACCUAUCAAGAAAUGUUGUUGAACAUGCCCCAAGAAUUUCGCCCAUCCAGUCCUUCACAUUGGGGUAGUUCUCCCUUGCAGUCUCCGCAAGGCAAUUUUGAUGAAGAAGUGGAUAUGGAUGACUCUAGCACUCUUUCCCCUUACUCGCCGUCCGCUUUCGAUGGAGACGAUCCUGACGAUGCAGAAUGGGAUCCUAGUGCUGAAAAAGUUGAGAAACGAAAGAGCUCAUUUAGAUGA